ACUACUUUGCGACAUUACCAAUCAUCCAGUACGAUUCGGACCAUUGUUGCAGUUGGAUUGGAUUUUUAGGCGUUUGUUGGAUACGUUUUUUUUUUCUUUCUGUUUCUUUACAUUUUAUCGGAAGACCUAGUUUUAUUGUUUGAUUGUUGAAUUAACUUUAUUUUAUUUUUUUUAAGAAUUGUGUGUACUUAUUGCGGUUGUUACCGUUUGAUUUAUGUGAAAAUUCUAAUAGACCAACAAAUGAUUUAAAAUUGAAUCAAAGCAAUCAAAAUUUCCAUACAGUAUGUUAUAAGUUGUAACGGAACAGCAAUUAUCGUUUUUGAAACUUUAAGUUCAAAAAAUAAGAAGAAAAAAAGAGUUUACCUUGGUGCUUGUGCAAUUUUUCGAUUUCUCAAGAAAAAAUAUUUUGUUACUAAAAUGGAAUACCGGUGGUGUGGCUGUUUAUAUAGACAAAUCGUUACAGUCUGUCUUAUCUUCGCGAUAUAUCCAUUAACCGUGCAUUCAACUCAGUCACUCUGGUCGGAUUACUCAUCAUCAAUACCGUGUAGUAGCAGUUCAAAUUUAAAAUAUUUGUCCGGUGAUGCUUUGGUCGAUUCACCUAGUUGUUUAGGUCCGAACAAUGCACCUUAUCCAAGUGCAGCAGUCGCUCGAACAUUUAAUAGCAACUGGAAUGCUGUUGCAACAAGACGCGGUCGCAUGAGUCAAUUACCUACAUUAUCACCAUCAGUUACACAAAAUGUACUAUUGAAAGCGUAUGGUGAAGCCAAUAAUGAAGAGACACAUGGUAGUCGUUAUGGUCGGUCAAUCGGUUCAUCAGAGUGCAGAAGUACACCGGCACGUUUGUGUAAAACACGAUACAACACCACAGCACCCAUGUAUGGUGUGUCUCUUACGUCUGGGCAGCCAGUGACCAUAGUGCAAAAAUUUCCGGAUUUGUUGCAACAAGUUGUGUUUGAAGUUUGCGAAUCGUCUGAGUGUGAUGUUGUACGUGGUGAAUGCACCCAAACUUAUGUGCCGUAUUUGUUCUUGGUGAUACCGUUGGGACCGGUAACUCUGACCGGCCAGGAUUAUGUGCUCGUCGAGAGUGGUUGUGUUUGCAAGCCAAAGUAUGCCACUGGCGUAUCGCAAGAACCAAACAUAAUACCGUAAAGAAUUCGUACAUAGUUGGUGCGCUUUAGUUGAAUUUUUAUUUGCUGCUGACAAUGGGCAUAUUUUAUUGGAAAUUAUGUAAAAUUGAAGAUAAAAAGAGAAAUGAAAAAAAUAACUUGGAGAGAGAUAGAGAGAAAGAGGAAUGUAAGCGAAGUAGUUGAAAGUUCACGUAACCGUUUUUUUUAUGUUGUAUAUGUUUACAUGCUCCAGUGUGCUAAGCUUAAGUGAGUCUUUUAUAUGUGUUUUAAUGUUGUACAUUAAUUAAUUGAUUUUUUUUAUAUAUCUGAAUGACAAUGAUUAUACGUGUUAAUUUAUAUAAAUACAAGAUAAAUUAGAUAGAGCAGUUGACGUUGUCGAUUAAUAAUUUAUUUUUUAAAACUUUAAACUACUUUCGUAAACUUUUAUACUGUCCGUCCCGCUAAAAUUGUGCGAUAUUAUAUUGAAAAUUAACCUCACAGUGGCUAUAACGUUAGGUGAAUUAAAU